GUAACUCGUUGUUUCCUCAGAAACAUGGCUGAAUAUCGUUUCGAUGGUGUAGUGAAAUUGUGUGUACAGAAUUAUUAAAACGACAUCCUGGUUUGAAAUCACGUUCACGCGUUAAUAGAAUGACGUCGAUACAUUUUGCCGUGCAUCCGUUACCGGGAACAGACGAUCAGCUAAACGAUAGAUUGAAGGAAGUGGCAGAAAAGAUCAACAGAUAUGGAUUUGUAUCAUUACCAGCAUUUAGUGGAUUGAAGGUUACAGUAAAACGUAUUAUUGUUGGACCAACACAUAUUGCCCUUCUUACGGAAGACCAUAAAAUUUGUAGAGUUGCAUUUACAGUACUGUCAGACAGAUUGGAUUUAAGCAAAAAUGAACCAAAUAGGAACACAAAUAAAAGUCAUGUUGAGAACUCCAAUUCAGCGCCAAAUGGUGGUAGUAGUAGUGGAAGUGGAAGUAGAGCAGGAAUUAGAUCACGUGCAAGAAUCAUGCGUGGCAGUUCUGCCAUUCGUGGAGGUGGCAGUAGUGGAGGAAGUAGUAGUGGAGGUAGGAUAGGACCUCCAGGUGUAAUUAUGGGUGCAGGAAGUGGAAGCAGUUCACGUCCUAUUGCAUCAGUACCUGCGCCAUUUGUACCAGAAGACCUUAUUACACAGGCUCAAGUGGUAUUACAGGGAAAAAGUCGCAAUCUUAUUAUUAGGGAAUUACAGCGUACAAAUUUAGAUGUAAACUUAGCAGUAAAUAAUUUACUGUCACGAGAUGACGAAGAAGGUGACGAUGCCGAAGAUACAGCAGAUAGCUACGUCCCCGAAGAUCUCAUUUCAUUACUAGAUGGUGGAUUUAGCAAUGAACACUCUGUUAUAAUCGAUGCAGAUUCUAUGUUCCCCGAAGACAUGUUUGGAUAUACAGGAAUGAGAAAUCGAGGUAGCUCUUCACGGAGAAUAGGUAAUGAUAGAGAAGGUGAACGUACCUCUGAACGAGAUAGAGAUCGAGACAGUUUUAGCAGAUGGAGGGAUCGUCAGUAUUGUGGUCCACGACGUUGGCUAGAAACAGCACUUAAAGAUUCUUGGGACAAAGAUUCUGGUAAUCUAAAUUCUUUUAAAUUAUUUAUCAAUUUAGAAUGGUGGCAUGAACGCAGUAGCCGACCUGCUCCUCGUUUUGUACAAAUUGCUUCGCUUUAUAGUGAAUUAAUUGCUAUUUCUGCUGGAGGACAGUUGUAUCAGUGGAAGUGGUCUGAACCUGAACCAUACAGAGAUCCAGAUAAUCCGAAUAUACAUCAUCCGAAGUCUCCGUGGUUAGGAAUAACAACAGAGAAAAUAGUUAAUAUAUCUGCAACAGCAAUUCGAUGUUCCAUUAAUACAGAAAGUGGCAAGGUAGCUACAUGGCUUGAUGAAUUUCUGGGACAUGUUGCUUCUCGUCUUGAACAUCCAGCUCAAACUUUUACUGAAUUUACACUGGAUAAAAUAGUAUCCCUUCAUACUUGUGCUUUGUAUACUGUUGCUAGACUUGAAAGUGGUGCAUUAUAUUGGUGGGGUGUGUUGCCUUUUGCACAACGUAAAAAAUUAUGGGAAAAGUACAAGGCUAAGUCACGCAAAUACAGAUCAUCCACAGUAUCAUCAAAUGACAUUAGUUAUGGCACACAUGUUUGUAUGAAAAAUAGCCCUAUAUAUCAUCCUGGAGCAAUAGGAUUUACAAUUGCUAAUGGAACUCCAAAAGUAGGACAGUUACUAAGCGCAGCUUGGAAUUUAGAUGCAACUUACAGAUUUAAGAUAUUACCAGCUGGGACUCAUUUGCCUAGUACUAACGUGGAAAAACGUGAAACAAACGGGAAUAACGGAACAGGUACUAUUAAUAAGACGAAUCAUAAAGAAACUGCUGAUCGUCUUGAUAUGCCUCCACCACCUUCACCAGCUUCAAGUACAUGCAGUGAUACUGGCAGCAUCACGACAAGUCACAAGAGACAAAAGCGGGUUGCACCUCGAAAUGAAGGCGAACCGGAGCGAAAAGAUGAGGAGGAGUGGCAGUUGAAAGACGUUGUUUUUGUGGAAGAUGUUAAAACUGCACCCAUUGGAAAAGUUAUAAAAGUUGACGGUUGUUAUGUUGCUGUAAAAUUCUUCUCAAAAGAUUCAAAGGAAAAGGAAAUCAAGGAAAAGGACUUUAGUACAUCAGAUUUUAAGGAUUUAACAACGGAGGAGUUAAUUAAAUUGUUGGCGGAUUGUAGAUUGUUAAGAAAAGACGAGAUACAGGUAAUAAAAUCAUCCAUGAAUCCAAGAGCUCCUGAUUGUUUCCAACGAACUCCCAGAAGAGUAAAUAUCGUUGAAGGAUCAAGCGAUAGCAUUUUAACUAUUGCUACUGAUGGACAAGGAAUCCAUGCAAUAGUAAAAAAUGGAAACAAGUUAAGCUAUGUUGUGUAUAAUUUAAGUACUGGAAGAUACGUGCAAGACUGUUAUAUUCCAGCGGAUAUAUCAUCAUUCUUUGGUUUACAGCCCCAAAAUAUUAGUCUUACAAACGCAGGAGAGAGCAUCGAGUGCUCUAUGAUACUUAGAGAUGGAAAUAACACGAUUUAUCCACUAGCAAAAGAUUGUGCCGAUGCUAUUCGUGAUCCUAAUUGGUUAGAUUUAGUCCCGGUUCUAUGUAUUGGUGCUUCAACUAUUCCUAUACCAAACUGUUCGAAUUCGACUAACAUGAAAAAUCAAGUUGCUGUCGUUGCACUGGCAUUCGAUAAUCCUUUACUUAUGCCUCGUAUACUACGAUGCGACUAUGAGAGUGUUAAACAAGUGUUCUUCAAUCUGAUGCUGGAUCGUAAAAACAGUGCACCACAAAUUCAAACGAUACUAAUGGAACGUUGCGACGGUAAUCGUAAUAUUUUACACGCGUGUAUCAGUAUGUGCUCACCAACUUCGAAUAAAGAGAAUGAUCAAGGUAUUGAACGUGAAUUAGUUUCAAAUAUUGUUGAUGGGCCGUCUGCACCCAUUGAAGAGCCAAUUCCCACUCUUAGUUGGCCACCGGAAGCAUUCGAUAACACAUCAGGGGAAGAGGACAGCUUGCUUAGCAUUGGUGCUGCUAGUAUAUCGAUGAUGAAUAAAUCAGGCGUUGGAGCAACGUCGAAUAAUACUUAUAUCAUAGACUCUGUUGAAAGGAGAAACAACGCAUUGCUUAUAUUAAAAUAUAUGUGUGAAAGUAGCGUGCUAGCGCCUCAUCUAAAGGAAUUACUCACAGCAAAAGAUAUUCAGGGUCAGACACCGUUAAUGCUUGCGGUAUCAGUUCGUGCAUAUCAUGCAGCUCUCAUUUUACUAGACACCAUUCAGAGAGUUGGAAGAGACCAGAAAGAACGUUCUGCUAUGAUACUACCUGCAGAUGCUAAUCCAGAUUUAUCACCGUUGUUCGUCACUUGUUGUAACGACACUUGCAGUUUCACUUGGACUGGAACGCAACACAUCAACCAAGAUAUCUUUGAGUGUAAAACUUGCGGUUUAACUGGAUCUUUAUGCUGUUGCACAGAGUGUGCACGCGUCUGUCACAGAGGACACGACUGUAGGAUAAAGAUCACAUCUCCUACGGCUUACUGCGAUUGCUGGGAGAAAUGCAAAUGUCGUGCACUGAUCGCGGGUCAUCAAGGUGCUCGUUACGAACUUCUUUAUCGUCUCAUAGUACAUACUGAUCUUGUCACAAAGAUAAAUUCACGAGGAGAAAGCAUUUUACUAUUCCUGGUUCAGACCGUAGGAAGACAAUUAGUAGAACAACGACAAUGCCGUUCUGCGCUUAGACAACGCUCAACGUCUGCAAGUCGUAAGGGACCUUCAUCUGACGGUUUGGAUGUCGAUGUGGCAGAUAUGCCAGAUCACGAUUUAGAACCUCCUCGUUUUAGUCGAAAAGCUCUAGAAAGAUUGCUCAAUGAUUGGCCAGCAGUUCAGUGUAUGAUCAUGUCAGGAGUCUCUGUAAAUGGAAACGAUCAAUUAUUCGGUGAUCAAGGACAAUUGUGUCGUCAAAGUGGCACCGCAUUACUUGACAAAUUCACUCACUCGCUAUUAGUUAAGUGUAGUGCAGAGAUGCUCGAUAAUCUUCUUACCACACUGAUACGACAAUUACGAAAUGACACUGUACCUGGACGACACGAAGAAGCAAAUAACGUUGCACGCCGAUUUGUUCGAUCUGUGGCUCGAAUAUUCGUGAUCUUUACAAUAGAGAUGGCGCCAAAUGCGACAAAACGAAGAAGUACCAGCCAAGCUUUGCAGCCUCUGAUAAAAUGUCGUAAGGUUUUCCAAGCCCUGAUAAAAUUAGCCGUCGAAGAAUUAUGCGAAAUUGCUGAUUCAUUGAUAACACCCGUGAGAUUAGGUGUUGCUCGCCCAACGGCGCCAUUUACAUUAACCAGCUCGGCGAUGGAAGUGAUCAAUGGGUCGGAAGAAUUGUUCUCCAUAGAACCGUUAAUACCUCAAAGUGGUGUUACUUCUCAGACUCUGGAUGCUACUUUGCAAACGCAGCAAGGAAACAAUAAUAUAACUAUUGCCAGAGACAUUUCUACUCUGGAUGAAGCAGAAGGCGGUGAAGAAGUUCCUAUGGACGUGGAUGGUGACAUAAGUGAGCACGAAGAAUCUGGAGUUUCCGGGACUGUAGCUGGUCAACCACUAGGUGAGAUUGAUAGUAAUGGCGAAGGCGUAGGUGAAGAACAGGCAGGAGACGGUGAAUCCGAUACAGAGCUCGAUCUCUUGGCGGAAGCGGAAACCGAGUCAGAUUCGGACGAUAAUCACAGCAAUCAAGAUGCCGCGUCUGCUCAGCGCAGCGUGCAAACCGGUGCUACAGCAGGCUCUGACGGUGGGAUGGGAUCCAUUUUGUUGUUUCCGGAGGACGAGUCUGGUGAAUCCAGCCAACAGGAGGACGACGAGAGCGAAGCAGGAGAAACCGAUGAACAGGAUAAUGAAGAUUUUCAGAUUGGUGAUGAACAAUUGGAACGUCGAAGUGGUUCGUCUGGUCAUUUACACCGUAAUAGUCUUGCGCCCGUUACUAUGCAAUGGGCAAUACGUAAUCGUGAAUCAAGUAUGCGUACAACUGGAUUACGGGUAACAGGUGGCAGUAAUCUGGUUUUUAUUGACUCUUCAACUUUAAGACGUACUACUGCAACAUCUGCUGUUGCAGCUGCACAAGAACCCAUUAUUAUGGGUACUACUACCAGUUGUUUGGCACGUGCAUUUGGAAUUGUCAUUCGACAGAUUGCUGAUCUUUUAGUUAUGAUGCAAGAUUACAAAGCGUUACCGAUCUCUUUGCCGUGCCUAAUAGAGAUCACCCAUCAGGACGCAUUGAAUCUACAAGUAUAUCUCGAGGAACACUUAAAACCCACAUGGGAUUGGCUACUCACGGUAAUGGAUGCCACAGAAGCACAACUGAGAUUUGGUGUAUCUCUGACACGUAGUGCGGAUCCUACACAUCCAGAACACCCACUAAACAACGCUCCAUCGUUGUCUGGAGGCAAUUUCUCUGGCUUAUUGAAUACAGCUGCUUUGUCCUUGACAUUACAAUCUAAUACAGGUCGGAAUCAACGCGGUGGUAUCGCUACAAGCUCCAAUAUCUCCACUCCACAAGCUUCUACAAGACUCACCGUUGGUUUUGCAGGCGUUGGCGAACCGUCAAGAAACAGUAGAGAACGGGAAGGUGGCGAUAUAUACUUGGCAAGACGUGAAUUUUUGUCCUAUUGCCUGUCUUUAAUGCGUGCACACAACGCUGAACACAGGGAUAGUUUACCGGUAUUAGACGUUUCCGCUUUGAGACACGUAGCUUACGUUUUCGACGCUCUAGUAUAUUAUAUGCGUUCGUUGUCGGAACCAAUGUCGUCACGUGGAGAAACCCAGAAAGAAUCAUCUAACUAUUCAGGCUGGAAUGAUCAGGACGAGAAUGAUAAUGACGAGGGAGAAGAGUAUAGUUCACCGGUACCUACUACACUGGAAACAGAUUCCGUCGAUUACCCUGAUUUACUUCAGGUUCCUAUUUGCGGAUCAGGAAAUAAUAGUAACAGCACGUCGAAGGGAAGAAAGCAUCCCUUCUUACAAAGAUCAGAUUCUACUUUGUGUCUUGGUUGUCCUCCCCUUGAUCCAUUUGAUACUGCGGUGAUCGAGGCGUUGCCAUUAGCCGAUCAACCACAUUUACUGCAACCCCAUUCAAGACGAGAAGAUCUUUUCGGUAUACCAAAACAAUCCAAUCAGAAUCCAUUAGCCGGACUGCCCACGAGACUUAGUUUAUCUGCACGCGGUGGUGAUAAUCAAAACGCUCCUGCGCCGACAUUCAGCCAAAUUAUUCAGAGACCAGUAUUUACGUCGUCAGAGACGAGGCGCAACAGUUCUGUAACAGUUGGAGAUUCGACAUCUGCAAAGCAUAUGGAAAAGGCAAAAUCGUUUAAUCACACGAACGAUAAUCAUACACUUGUUGCGGAGCAAAUCGAUCGAGCUCCGAUUAUUGUUUCUACUAAUAAUCAAAAUGAUCAAGCAGCAGGAAGUACCAAAAAUAAUAAGGAUAUAUGUAAAACAAAUAGAAGUGUAAUUGUUAGAGCUGGAACUGUCUCGGAAUCAAGUUCGAAUAAAGCAGGUCCAUCGGACAUGAUGGUCGCGUCCAAUGAGACACAAAACGCGUCAGAAGAGAUGGAAUCGACCGGUUCAAGUCAAGAAACAUCUACAACUCAUGAAACAGUUGAAACGAGUCCAGUUUCAUCCAUUGGAACAAAUAUGUCACAUAACAUUUUAUUGGGCCGUUGGAGAUUAUCCCUUGAUCUAUUUGGACGAGUUUUCAUGGACGAUGUUGGACUAGAGACUGGCUCGGUUGUAUCUGAAUUAGGCGGUUUCGACGUGAAAGAAGCUAAAUUUCGCAGAAAUAUGGAGAAGCUUCGAAACGCGCAACAAAGAGACAUUAAUUUGUUCAAAGUCGAACGAGACAGAACACAGCUAUUAGUGCAAACGAUGAAAGAAUUAAACACACACUACAAUUUGUAUAAUAGGCGUGCCUCUAAUACACCACCAUUAGCAGUACAUCGAGUUAAAGUGACUUUCAAAGAUGAGCCUGGUGAAGGCACUGGAGUCACUAGGAGUUUUUACACCGCAAUAGCGGAGGCAUUACUCGCAAAUGAAAAACUGCCUAACCUGGAAGCAGCACAAGUGGGAUCAAAAUAUACACAAUAUAAUGUUCUUCAAAAACUAAAAAGUAGAGAUCGCGAUCGUGAUUUAAGGCGACAAAAUCCUCGAUCUUCUGGAAAGUGUCGAGAAACGCGUCGAGCACUAUCUUUUGAAGCUCGAGUUUUUCACCCAUCUAAUUCUGUCGAGGGAAACAGCAAUUCUGGAGCCAGUAGUUCGUCCUCCAAUUCUCAUCCGCUACCUGUUAGUCAUCCAAAUAAUGAUCACUUGACCAUGCAUCAACAACAACUUGGGGACAGGCUAUAUCCAAAAGUCUACACAUUGCAACCUGCAUUAGCUGCUAAAAUAACUGGUAUGCUGUUGGAACUGUCUCCUGCGCAGCUAUUGAUGUUACUAGCUUCAGAAGAUGCUCUACGACAAAAAGUAGAGGAAGCUUUCGAAUUAAUCCGUAGUCAUAGUCAGGAGUCAGCUAGGGAGGCGCUACUUGAUCUCGAUGUGUUUAGCUUAAUUGCGCGUUGCGGAGCUAGCAAAAAGAAGAUCGAGAAUAGCAUUCUGGAUGAUACGGAGGACAACGCUCCUCUCUUUUAUUCGCCAGGAAAAAGAGGUUUUUACACUCCGCGACAGGGAAGGGCUAGUUAUGAACGGCUGAAUGCAUUCAGAAACGUGGGCAGACUUAUAGGAUUGUGUCUCUUGCAAAAUGAGUUGUGUCCUAUAUUUUUGAACCGUCACGUAAUAAAAUACAUUCUGGGAAGACCGAUCCGUUUCCACGAUCUUGCAUUUUUUGAUUCUAUAAUUUACGAAAGCUUAAGGCUCCUUGUUAUCAAUUCUGAAACUAAGGAUAGUAACAGUUUGUUCUCUGCUCUCGAUCUUACGUUCAGUAUUGAUUUAUGCCCCGAAGAAGGAGGGGGAUCGAUUGAACUGAUUCCAAACGGCCAUGAUAUAGAGGUGACGGCGAGCAACAUUUAUGAUUACGUACGGAAAUACGCUGAAGUUCGUAUGAUUAAGGUACAAGAGAAAUCUUUGCAUGCUAUGAGAGAAGGGGUAUUCGACGUAUUGCCAGAGGGGGCACUCGACGGCUUAACAUCAGAGGACUUUAGGCUCUUACUGAAUGGAGUCGGUGAUAUCAACGUUUCUGUUCUGAUAUCGUAUACUUCGUUCAAUGACGAGUCAGGGGAGCCUGCCGAAAGAUUAGCUAAAUUCAAGCGAUGGUUAUGGUCUAUCGUUGAGAAAAUGUCGCAUUCAGAACGACAAGACUUGGUAUAUUUCUGGACGGGAUCUCCAGCAUUACCGGCAAGCGAGGAUGGUUUUCAACCAAUGCCGUCUGUGACAUUACGACCAGUAGAUGAUCAUCUACCUACUGCAAAUACAUGUAUUUCCCGACUAUAUGUUCCAUUGUACAGCUCUCGUCACAUAUUAAGACAUAAACUACUACUUGCUAUUAAGACAAAGAACUUC